CACUCUCACCCAAAAAAUAAAAAUAAAAGCAAAUAAAAAAAACACACAAAAUCAAAAAGGAAAGCAAAGCACAGAAAAAGAAAGAAAGGAGAGAGAGAGGAGAGAGAAAGGGGGAGAGAAUUUGUCAAAUUUUGUUUGUUUGAUUUUUGAAGAAGUGAAGAGGGGCGGGGGGUUUUGCUUGUUGUAAGCCACCCUCCUCCAUUUCUCGAAAUCAUCCCAAAUUUGUCAAUUUUAUUUGAUUUCCUGGGUUUUUUUGUUAUAUUUUGACCAAAUUUACAGAGAACGAUAAAGGAGAAGAAGAAGAAGAAGGAGAAGAUGGGUUGUUUUUUUGCGUGUUCUGGGGAUUCUAACAAGAAGAAGCGAUCAGAAAACCCUAAUCAUAACCCUAAAGAUAUUAUCAAUUCUAAUUUUAAGAAUAAAGCUCAGGAUCGAACAUCUUCUACUGCAGCUGCAGAUGACUCAGCUGCUAAGCAACAGUUGGACUCAAGGAGAGAUGUAAAUGGGAGAAAGGAGGAGCCUAGGGAAGUGGUUGUUCCGUCUUCGGAUGCUAGGGUGUCGGGUGUGACGGAUGUUACUGUGGAAGGUAACACGAGUAGCUCCAAGGCGCGGACAUUUACAUACCAGGAGCUUGUGGACGCAACGGAUAAUUUCCGAUCAGGCUUCUUGGGCCAGGGUGGCUUUGGCAAAGUUUAUAAAGGAAGAAUAUUGGAUACUAAUGAGGUGGUUGCCAUCAAGCAACUUGACCGUAAUGGAUUACAGGGCAUUAGGGAAUUUGUUGUUGAAGUGUUGACACUUAGUCUAGCUGAUCACCCUAAUCUUGUGAAAUUGAUUGGCUACUGCGCUGAGGGUGAACAGAGGCUGUUAGUGUACGAGUACAUGCCACUAGGAUCCUUGGAAACCCAUCUGCAUGACCUCCGAUCUAAGCAGAAGGCUCUUGACUGGAAUGCAAGGAUGAAAAUAGCUGCUGGGGCAGCUAGGGGCUUAGAGUAUUUGCACGAUAAGAUGAAGCCCCCUGUAAUAUACCGUGAUUUAAAAUGCUCAAACAUCUUGCUUGAUGAAGGUUAUCACUCUAAAUUGUCGGAUUUUGGGUUGGCCAAAGUGGGUCCAGUUGGUGACAAUACUCAUGUCUCGACUCGGGUGAUGGGUACAUAUGGUUAUUGUGCACCAGAUUAUGCAAUGACCGGUCAGCUGACUUUCAAAUCAGAUAUAUACAGCUUUGGUGUUGUUUUAUUGGAGCUUAUUACAGGAAGAAAAGCAAUUGAUAGCACGAAAGAUGGCCGGGAACAGAAUCUGGUUGCUUGGGCAAGACCAAUGUUCAAAGACAGAAGGAAAUUCUGUCAAAUGGCAGAUCCAGCGCUUCAAGGUCAGUAUCCCUCGAGAGGAUUAUAUCAAGCUCUUGCAAUAGCUGCAAUGUGUGUUCAAGAGCAGCCUAAUACAAGGCCUUUUAUAGCUGACGUGGUCACAGCUCUAAAUUACCUAGCUUCACAAAUAUAUGAUCCUUCUCAGACGCGUAAUCCCCACCAUCGAAGAACCCCAUCUUCCUCCAAUGUUAAACAAGAUUCCAGUAAUAGUAAGAAGUCUGAAGCCGAAGAGAGCCAAAGUGAGAAUGAUUCAGAAGACUAGAAGAUGGAAACAUUAAACACAAUGAAGAGUAUAGUUCUUGCAUAUUAAUUUUUGACAUUGUUCAUACGAGUGGGCGCGCGCUCUGUUAUCGAAUUUUGUAACUUGCAGAUGACAGUGCGACUUCAACCCAUAUUGACAGGUCUCGAGUCUCUCCACCUCUCCCGCUCUGCUGUGUACAUUUGAGCUGUGGAUCCUUUUUUUUUUGUAUGUAAGAAUUAAGAUACCUAUACUUUAGGUAGUUGUCUUAGAGCAAAAAAUUAUCAAGUACAAUUAAUAAUAAUAAUAAUAAUACUUCAUUGACUCA